CCGGGGGCUGGGCGGGGACCGGGAUCGUCGGUAAGGCGGCGGCGGAGGCGGCGGCGGCUCGGCAGGCGGGUUGAAGCUUCGGGGGCCAGGUCGGUCGGGUGGUGGCUGCCUCUACAGGCAGUGCGUGCCGGGCCAGCGCGUGUGUCCGCCUCUCCCCACCCCGCUCCCCGUCCCCUUCUCCCCUCACCUACCGCACCCAACCCCCCUCGUCAGGGGCAGCGGGGCCGCUCCCUCCGUCCUACCCUCGAUUGCCUACCCUCACCGCCCUUGUUUCUCCUUCCCCUGCCCGGGGCAGCCGCCGCCAUGAUCCUGCUGGAGGUGAACAACCGCAUCAUCGAGGAGACGCUCGCGCUCAAGUUCGAGAACGCGGCUGCCGGAAACAAACCAGACGCUGUAGAAGUAACAUUUGCAGAUUUUGAUGGCGUCCUUUAUCAUAUUUCAAAUCCUAAUGGAGACAAAACGAAAGUGAUGGUCAGUAUUUCUUUGAAAUUCUACAAGGAACUUCAGGCACAUGGAGCAGAUGAGCUAUUAAAGAGAGUGUACGGGAGUUUCUUGGUAAACCCAGAAUCAGGAUACAAUGUUUCUUUGCUCUAUGAUCUGGAAAAUCUCCCUGCAUCCAAGGAUUCUAUUGUGCAUCAGGCUGGCAUGUUGAAGCGGAAUUGUUUUGCCUCUGUGUUUGAGAAAUACUUCCAAUUCCAAGAAGAGGGCAAAGAAGGAGAGAACAGAGCAGUUAUCCAUUAUAGGGAUGACGAGACCAUGUAUGUGGAAUCUAAAAAAGACAGAGUCACAGUAGUCUUCAGCACGGUUUUUAAGGAUGACGACGAUGUGGUCAUCGGAAAGGUGUUCAUGCAGGAGUUCAAAGAAGGACGAAGAGCCAGCCACACAGCCCCCCAGGUCCUCUUUAGCCACAGGGAACCUCCUCUAGAGCUGAAAGACACAGAUGCUGCCGUGGGUGACAACAUUGGCUACAUCACCUUUGUGCUGUUUCCUCGCCACACCAACGCCACUGCUCGAGACAAUACCAUCAACCUGAUCCACACGUUCCGGGACUAUCUGCACUACCACAUUAAGUGCUCUAAGGCCUAUAUUCAUACACGAAUGCGAGCAAAAACAUCUGACUUCCUUAAGGUGCUCAACCGUGCACGCCCAGAUGCCGAGAAAAAAGAAAUGAAAACAAUCACGGGGAAGACUUUUUCAUCCCGCUAAUUCUUGGGAACUGAGGAGGAAGCGCUAUUGACCGAAGGCUGGACCGCUUGCUACUGGAUAAUCGUAGCCCUUCAUGUUGCACCUUCUCCAGGUUCUUAAGGGAUUCUCUGUUUGGGUUCCAUUUUGUACGAGUUUGGCAAAUAACCUGCAGAAACGAGCUGUGCUUGCAAGGACUUGAUAGUUCCUAAGAAUUUAAAAAAAAAAAAAUUCCACUUGAUCAACUUAAUUCCCUUUUAUUUUUUCUCCCUCACUCCCUUUUCCAAGCUGUUUGCUUUGCAAUAUGUUACUGGUAAUGAGUUGGAGGUAAUGCAAUCUUAACUUGUUUUCUUCUAAGUAUUUGAGUUCAAAACUCCUGUAUCUAAAGAAAUACGGUUGGGGUCAUUAAUAAAGAAAAUCUUUCUAUCUUACUUGAGAAUUUGUUGAUUGUUCUGAACUCUGAGUCCAAAAGAGGAGGAAAGAGUAGAUCUGCACUGCCCUUGAACCAGCAGGCCUCCCUUCUCUAGAGGAAGGAAGGGCUAGUGUGUAAACUGGGGUGGGGUGGGGAGAAGUGGGGCGCAUGCUUGUUUGGGUUCAUUUUAUUGGUCCCAUUUUGUAGCCCAUGCUGGGUGCAAACACUCCAGCAAUCUUCAUGCCUCAGCUUUCUGAGUUCUGGGAUUACAGGAAUGAGCCGCCUUUGGUUUUUGUUUAAACAUGCUUUCUACGUUGUAAAGCUUGGUUGCUAACACUACGCAGCUGAGUAGCCAAAAAACUCUUAGUGUGACAGGCAAAUUAAAAUAUUCUGGGGCUGGGAAUAUACUUCAGUGGAUGUAAUGUGUAUGCUUAGGGUUCUCAAAACCCACUUUAAUAAGGGUUCUUAAACCAAAUGUUGGGGAGAAAGGUAGACAAGGGGGGUGGGGACCUUUUAGCAGCUCUUUGGGGCACCUGCAAUCUUCGUUGCCAGGAUAUCUGUAGUCCAGUCUAAAACAUGAAACAGUCACUAGUCACUAGUGACAGUCCAGUCCAGUUGGCAAACACCAAACAGGAAUCUGGAGCAGCGGAUCCAGAAGAAACCUCAAGGCUCCGCUGGAUUGGCCCAAGUCUUCAAAGCACUCAGAAUACCACAAGAAGGUUUUUUGGCAAGUUUCUCUCUGAAGUCAUGACAAGCAAAGAUCAAUGAGGACCACCAAAAUGUUGCAAGAGCAACCUCUCUCUGUCUGUGGGGUUAUUGUUAUAUUCUUUCCGAUCACCACUCACUUUCUCAAGCAUCGGCUUCAUCAAAACAUCACAUGCUGCUCCCCCUCCAACAUGUCUGCUUGAGCAAACUAUCCUCUCACAAGGCAGCUUCCAGAAAAGCACCACAGGACACAGCUAAGUCUCCAAAUAAACUUCCA